AUGACCUUCUCUGGGAAAGCCACGGCCACCUUCGAGCAGCUGCCCCUGGGCUUGGCAUUUUGCCAGUCUCAGCCUUCAGAAGAGGCAGACGAUUCUGCAGCCUUGUUAAAGGCCGCCUUUGUACGCCAAGCAAAGAUGGAAGAGCAGGAAUUAUCUCCAGAUGGGAGCUGCAAAGAAUUCUGGGAAACGGUGGGGAUCCAGGGGGAGCUGAGCCCCAGCCCCGAGGCACACCGCCAGAGCUUCCGGCACUUUGGCUAUGAGGAAGCCCAGGGCCCGCGCAAGGUUUGCAGCCGCCUUCACGACCUCUGCCACCAGUGGCUGAAGCCAGAGCAACACACGAAGGCUAAGAUGCUAGACCUGGUGAUCUUGGACCAGUUUCUCAGCAUCCUGCCACCGGAGAUGGAGAGCUGGGUCAGAGAAUGUGAACCGGAGACCAGUUCCCAGGCAGUGGCUCUGGCCGAAAGUUUCCUCCUGGGCCAGGCGGAGGACAAGGAACAGGAUUUGCUUGUAGAAUCUGAUGCUGCUAAUACAGAGUCCGAGAAGGCUGCCGCAGAUCCCAGGCAGAGGUGGACUAUACAGGAACUGGAUGAAGAGGCCACCACACUGGGAAGGGAUGGGUGCAGAAAGGCAGAUGAAGGAGAAAUAUGUGAGCUUCUGCUGGAAGCAGAGAGGUGUAAUGAGGAGCAGAGCACAAGAAAUGAAAAAGAAGAGAAGAGAACAGAGGAGACCGUUGCUUCUCAGAGUGAUGGCAGUGGAAUUCCAGUCCAAGAAAAAAUACACAAAGGAAAGGAGAGGUGCCGUUGUCUUCUGUGUGGAAAUAACUUUAGUUGCAACUCAUCACUUGCUCUUAAGAGGGGAACGUUCACAGGGGAUAAAUCUUUCAAAUGCUGUGAGUGCGGAAAGGCAUUUAGCGUUUUGAAAUAUCACCCCUCCCAUCAAAGAAUCCAUCCAGCAGAGAAAGAAUUGAACAGUCCGGAGUGUGGAAAAAGCUUACCUUGGAGAGAGUCACUCCCUUUACAUCAGUGUAUUCACACUCAGCAGAAUGCAUUUACAUGCUUGGAGUGUGAAAAAAGACUCACUCAUAAAAUUCACUUACGUACCCCUCGAGUAACUCUUACUGGUAAGAAGCCAUUUAAAUGCAUGGAGUGUGGGAAGAGCUUUAGUCGAAGCUUACAUCUUAUGUCACACCAAAGAAUCCACACGGGGGAGAAACCUUUUAAAUGCUCAGAGUGUGGAAAGAGCUUCACCCAGAACUCACAACUUAUGACACAUGAACGAAUCCACACAGGGGAGAAACCAUUUAAGUGUCUGGAGUGUGGAAAGUGCUUUAAUCGGACCUCACACCUCAUAGAACAUCGAAGAAUCCACACUGGGGAAAAACCAUUUAAGUGUUUGGAGUGUGGAAAGUGCUAUCUUUGGAGACGGUCCCUUAUUGUUCAUCAAAGAAUUCACACAGGGGGAAAGAUAUAAACAUUGAGCAUAUGGAAACUGAUUCUUGUUUGCUCAUUCCUGUAGUUUCCAUCCAAGAGGCCACAUGGAGAGACCUUCACACAGAAUGGAAAUGUAACUUUCCAAAGGAUUUACUCUGGGGUAUGCUAGAGUCCAAUUUGGGCUCUGUUUAUAGAGGAAGCCUUAAAAUAAUAAAAGACAACCCAUAAAGGCACAUCACACUUGAAAUAUGGAAAGAUUUUCUACAAGAACUCAGACCUAUGGCUUGAAGUGCUGUCUCAGAAGCUAAGCGGGGUCAGGUCUGCUUAAAAUCUGGACAGAUGACUUGAAUGUAUGAUUCUAUGUUUAUUGUUGUAAACAGCCCAGAGACACUGGCAGUAUAGAAAUGUAUAAUAACAACAACCACCACAACCCUACACAAUUCAAUUUUUUCAGGUGUGGAAAUGACACCAACUGGGCAAAGUUCAUUUUAAUUUAAAUAGGCCAUACAAGAGUAAACACUAGAAGAGGAAAGACAGAACCACCAUGAGAACCAAUAUUGUUCAUUGGAAGCAUGGGUCAGAGCAAUCUCCGAUUCCCUGCUUUUCUCGGACUUGCAAGUUACAAGACUUAAAUUGUUUUAAGUCUUGUUAAGACUUAAGUCUGAGCCUUAAGCUCAGGCUCAGAAAAUUGCUCCUGCCUCCUAGCUGGGACUAUGGCCUUGGAUCCUUCUCUCAUCACCUCUUAACCAGAGCAGAAAGGACCAAGGUUGUAGGAAUGGCUUUGGGGAAGGGCUUUUGGGGCUUUCCAGGGGACAGGAAGGAAGCUGGCAUCAUUAAAGGCAUAGUGAAUCAUGUUUCGCCACAGCCCUCCUGCCCCAAAAUGUUGCACUGAGUUAGCCAGAUUUGGCCGUCUAGCUGCUUGGCAAAGUAAGAGACAUCCUGAAGACACCUUGACAGACUUUGGGAUAAGCCUGGUUGAACAGAAGGAACUUCCCUGGUGUUGAAAAGAUGUAGGUACCUACAGAGAGCUUCCGCUGUUGGGUGGUAUAAAAACUAACUAACUAAAUACCUAUCCAUGCCUUAAAAGGGCCCCUUCUCUGCUUUUGUCUCCAGCGGAAGUACAUCUGAAAAAUGGGCCUUUUCAUCAAGGCCUUGCUGCAAUUAUUAUUACGAGGGCUCUUCACAAAGUUUCCGCAUUUUUUAAAACUAUUAAGAAUUCCAAAAACAAAUAACAUCACUUUUCUAUAUAGUCACCUUCCUUUGUGAUGCAUUUUUCCUAGUGUCGUACCAUCUUUUUAAUGCCAGCAGCAAUACAUAUAUAAAAUAUAUUUAUAAAAUAUCAAAGUAUGGAAACUUUGAAGACCCCGAUGAUGAUGAUGAUGAUGAUGAUGAGAGGCUUGCCUUGCACCUGAUAUAACAUUUUUUCAUCACCAGACCAAUAGGUUUUAGCUCCUGGGUUUAUUUUAACAUACUUAAUCUUUUUAAAGAUGGUUUGGGAAAGUUCACCUUUCUUUUGAUCUUGAUAUUAAUGUUGACAUCACGUGAUUUUUUUAUUUUUUUAACUCUCUGGAUGGUCAUAGUAUCUUUUUAUUUUAUAUGUUGGUGUUAUCUGGCAAUGUGUAUUGUUUGUAUUAUAUUUUUGGUUUAAUUUUAUGAUAGGCAAUGAAUACAUGUUAAUAAUCAAAUAAUAAAUGCUUUAAAGAAUAUCAAA